UCCGGGACCAAACCCCCAAACAUCUGUUACUGUGACAACCAUCUCAACAUGAACAAGAAAAAAGACGACUCACAAUGUAACAGUCCCUGUGCUGGGAACAGCAUGAUGACGUGUGGGGGCACCGACAGGAUCCAGGUGUUUGGUCCCCCUCCUGGUACCCCCGCCAUUGUCCACCCUGGGGUACAACAGAAAUGUGAACCCUGGUGUCAAACAAGUACUGGGUCAUCGCCAUCAUGGGGACUGUGUAAUCCACAUGAUACCACGGCCACCUCCUACAAAAUCCUGUGUCAGUGUCCCCCAGGGCGCCAGGGAGUUCAGUGUUCUCAGCCCUGUGACCCUGGUAGCUAUGGUAACAGCUGUCAACAGAACUGUACAUGUAACAUGACUAACACAGCGACCUGUAACCCCAUAACUGGGUCGUGUCAGUGUAAACCUGGUUACCAGGGCAACCAGUGCCAGGAUGUUUGUCCCACAGGAAGAUUUGGUACAAAUUGUCAAGGAGUUUGUAACUGUACCAGGCACGCGGACUGUGACUCUGUGUCGGGUAUUUGCUUAUGUAAGCCAGGAUUUACGGGAGCCCUGUGUAAUUUUCCGUGUCCUCAGGGUUUCUUUGGUCGGAACUGUUCAAAGCAGUGUGAUUGUACGGAGCACGGAAGCUGUGACCCAGUAGAGGGGGUGUGUCGCUGUCAGCCAGGCUGGACGGCAGAAUUAUGCGGUGUACAAUGUAGCCCCUACACGUUUGGAGUGGACUGUCUUCUGUCAUGUGACUGUAAUGGCUCCCCAUGCGACUCAGUGACAGGACAGUGUUUAUGUAAUGCCGGAAAGUUAGGUUCCAAAUGUCAACAGGACUGUCCCUACCAGAAGUACGGAGAUCAGUGUGUUAAGACCUGCCCCUGCCCCCAGGGCUGUGACCCCGUCUCUGGUGCCUGUGUCUGCCCCCCGGGAAACUUUGGGGCACAUUGCGAGUUUACCUGUUCACCAGGAUCCUACGGUAAGAACUGUCAGUCCCGCUGUCAGUGUUAUAUGAACCAGACCUCCUCCUGUGACGUGGCCUAUGGUUUCUGUACGUGUAAGGAUGGAUUUGUGGGACCCCGAUGUGAACACCCCUGUCCAGUGGGAUUUUACGGUCCUGGCUGUACUAAAACCUGCCCCCAGUGUCAACACAGUGCCCCCUGUGAUCCUGUGAGUCUACAGAAAUUACUGUUUGUAUUAUCUCACACU